AUGUCCGCAGCCGACGAGCAGCAGCUAGCGAAAUCCGGUCUGUACGUCGACGAUUUCAAUCGUCUCCGAUUGAUUGAUCCGGAAGUCGCUGAGCUCUUGCAGAAUGCUCAAGACAAAUCCGCCGAGUUCAACGACCAGCUCAAAAAUUUCCAAACAACGACGGGCGGUCUCAUCGAUAGUAUUGAGGAGUUCGCCAACGUCGUGGAAACCGAGAAAAUCCGCGCGAUGAUGGUACGGAAUACUCAGGAGCGGGAUCUGGCCGAGGACGAUCCGGUGCUACUUCAGAUGACAAUAAGGGAGUUGACAGUGGAGAAAGAGAGGCUUCGAGUGGAAUUGGAGGCGGUGAGAAAGAUCGAGAAGGAGCAGGAGGAGUGUAUUCAGAUGAUGACUGAACACUGA